CAUAUUCAAAGUUUCUCUGCGUGAAAUUAGCAUCAAAAAUAUCAGCGUAAUUUUGCUUAAUAUCGUACAAAAAGAGCCACAUAGAAACGAUUCCCUAGAAAUACGAGAAUUUUUAGGAAUAUCAUUAAG